AUGGAGUCAUGUCAUGGCCAGGCCAAGAAAUGAAAACAAAAAAAUAAAAUUAAAAGGCACGAAACCCUAAGCAGCAUUGGCAAACAGAUAGAGAUAUGCAGAGAGACUGAGAAUAUAAGACGAGAGAGAGAGAGAGAGCUUUGUUUCAAAAAUUUUGAAGUUUGAGCUGUAAAACCAAAACUCAAGUCACAAACGGAGGAGAGAAUUUAACAUAUUAUAUGCCACAGAACCCAUAACACAGUUUUUGAGAUAGACAGAGAGAGAGAGAGAAAGAUAAUAGUAUGAGUAAUUGGUUGGGAUUUUCUGUUAGUCCACACCUGAGAAUUGAUGAUGGGUUUGGUAAUAGAGAAGAAGAAGAAGAAGAACAUGGAGAUGGUUUUACUUCUUCUCAUCAUCAACAUCAUCAUCAUCAUGAUAUCUCUGUCAUGCCUUUGCGUUCUGAUGGUUCUCUCUGCGUUGUUGAUCCCUUUAGACGUUCUUCUAAUGGUGCUGCUCAAGAUUGGAGAUAUGAGAGCACUGUUGAUGCAACUAGUACAAGUGAAGAAGGUCCAAAGCUUGAAGAUUUCUUAGGAUGUUACUCAAACUCUCCGUCUGAUGAUAAAAUUUAUUGCCAAGAAGAUCAAACACAAACCCAAAACCAUAUUAGUAGAAUCAAUGUUAAUGUGGCACCAACCUUUAACACCACCAAUAAUGGGGAUUUAGACAGUAGUGGAGAACAUCUCGCUAGCCAUCAACCUUCUUUAAUCCAAUCUUAUCAUCAUUACCAUGAGAAAUCACAAACCCUAAUCCCUAAUGAUCAUCGUCAUCAUCAUCAGAAUCCCCACCACUGUGAUCCAAAUCCUGGCCAUAGCCAUAACAAUGGUGGCGUGUAUCAUGUACCUUUUGAGAGUGCAAGUUCAGUUUCUGGGUUCAAGUCUUGGUUAAGGCAGACUCAAUUUUCUAGUGAUAAAUCUUCAAAUGAAGUGAACAAUUAUAAUUUUCAGCCAUUAUCUCUUACAAUGAGUCCAAGUUCUCAAAAUGGAAUGGUUGCAGUUUCUCCACUGCAAGUUGUUGAUAAUCGUAAGAGACCAGUUGCUAAAUCUCUUGCUAGAGAACCGGUUCCUCGUAAGUCUUUGGACACUUUUGGACAAAGAACCUCCCAAUACAGAGGUGUCACAAGGCAUAGAUGGACCGGGAGAUACGAGGCGCAUUUGUGGGACAAUAGCUGCAGAAAAGAAGGACAAACAAGGAAAGGGAGGCAAGUUUACCUUGGUGGUUAUGAUAAGGAAGAAAAGGCAGCAAGAGCUUAUGAUUUAGCUGCCUUGAAAUACUGGGGACCAACAACUCAUAUAAAUUUCCCUUUGAGCACUUAUGAAAAGGAGCUUGAAGAGAUGAAGCACAUGACCAGGCAAGAAUUUGUAGCCAAUUUGAGAAGGAAAAGUAGUGGGUUUUCAAGGGGAGCUUCUGUAUACAGAGGAGUGACAAGGCACCAUCAGCAUGGAAGAUGGCAAGCUAGAAUAGGAAGGGUUGCUGGAAAUAAGGACUUGUACCUUGGAACAUUUAGUACGCAAGAAGAAGCUGCUGAGGCUUACGAUAUUGCAGCAAUCAAAUUUAGGGGCACAAGUGCUGUUACCAAUUUUGAUAUAAGUAGGUAUGAUGUGAAAAGAAUUUGCUCAAGCACUACGCUCAUUGCUAGUGAUCUUGCUAAGCGGUCAUCGAAAGACUUGGCUCCGAUGCCUCUUGAGGAAGAAAAUUCUUGUGCAUCAUCCACAUCUCCUCAACCGCUCCUGGCUAAUAUUGCCAGUGGUGAGGCCUCCGAUGAAUUGGCGGAGAUGAUGUGGAAUGCAAAUACAGAUGAACAUCAACAGCAGCAAAGCGCAAACAACACUAGCAAUGACAUGCCGUUGGUGGGUUCAUGUAGCAGGAUUAAUUCCAAUAAUCCAGGAAGUCCAAAAUGUUCGGUCGGCUUAGCCAGUGAGUUUUGCACUAGUGGUGGUGGUGGUGGAGACUACAAUCAGGGUUUCUCAUUGCAGGACUCAAAGUAUGAAGAUGCCGAUGAUGAUGAUAAUAAUAAUAUUAGUGGAAGUGACAACAGAAUUGGUAGUUUGGGUUUGGUGCAUCAAGUCCCUAUGUUUGCAUUGUGGAAUGAGUAGGAGAGGCUAAUAAGUCAGAUGAGGUAGAGAAUAGGAAAGUUGCUGUUAUUGUAGGGAAUUAAAGAAAGGAUAGAUAGAAUGGUAGCACAGGGCACAGGCAAUUUGAACAAUGUUUUCUCGUUAUCUCAAACACAGUAGUAGGAAGAUACGGUUUAUAUAGCUUAAAUUUAUCUUUCUAUUGGCUACGUUGGUGGGUCAUUUUCAAUCGGGUUAAUUUUGUACAAGGACUAUUUCAACAUUUGUCACUUUCAGGCAGAAAAGGAUUCAUCUAGUUGGUAGUUCAACUUUAAUUAAACAUGUUUUUGUGCAUCA